AACCCCGGUGCAUCUUGGGAAGAAGAACGUGUCGUCGUUUGUUAAUGGGAGAGACGUCUUUUAUCGCGCCCGAUCGUGAAAUUUUGGAAAUAUCAACUCCAAGACCUUGUACGGUAUAAUUAAGAUAAUACCGCACUGGGGUCGUGUGGUCGCAGUGGGAACAAAUGGGAGCAGAUAAAAGGAUAAGUAGGACUGAACGGAGCGGCAGGUAUGGCUCCGAUGCACCCCGUGACUCUUCUGAUUGGCGCGACAGACGAGAAAGGGAUCAAGAACGUGAUCGCCGAUGGUCGGAUGAGAGACGUGGCGAUCGCAAUGAAGGGGAGCGUGAGAGAGAUCGAGAUCGUGAACGUGAUCGUGAUCGUCGAGGAUCCAGAGACAGUCCAGAUCCAAGAGAGCGGAAAAGACGCAACAGUGACAGAUCCGAAGAUGGCUAUCACUCUGAUGGAGACUACCCUGAUCAAGAUUAUAGAAGAGAACCUGGGGAUGAUAAGAGGAGCAAGACCAUCAUGCUCUGGGGUCUCUCCCCUCAUGUCACUGAGGAAGAUAUUUGUUUUGCCAUCGAUCAACUGGAGGGCCCCCAGCCUGCCGAUGUCAGACUGAUGAAAAAGAAAACAGGUAUAAGCCGUGGUUUCGCCUUCGUGGACUUUUAUCACUUGCAAGAUGCUACCCGAUGGAUGGAGACCAAUCAGAAACGUCUGGUCAUCCAAGGGAAAAGUGUGGACAUGCACUACAGUCAUCCCAGACACAACUACGGAGACUGGCUCUGCAACACUUGUGGCCUGUACAAUUUCCGGAGGCGGCUGAAGUGCUUCAGGUGUGGAGCAACCAAAGUUGAAUGUGAGAUGAGCAGUAAUGCUGAUAUUCCUGAAAAUCAGCCCGGUGGAGACUUCUGUGGUGACACAAUCAUCCUUAGAAAUAUCUCCCCCCUGUGCACCGUGGAAGCAGUCAUGACCGUCCUGGCACCAUAUGCUAAUCUUUAUCCGAGCAACAUUCGCCUCAUAAAGGACAAACAGACCGGCCAAAACAGAGGCUUUGCCUUUGUUCAGCUGUCUUCUCCUCUGGAGGCUUCUCAGCUGCUUACAAUCUUGCAAGGACUUCAGCCUCCUCUAAAGUUGGAUGGGAAAACAAUUGGAGUGGAUUAUGCCAAGAGUGCUAGAAAGGACCUUUUACUCCCUGAUGGGAAUCGCAUCAGUGCCUUCUCUGUUGCGAGCACAGCUAUCGCUGCAGCUCAGUGGUCCUCAAGUCAGCCGCAGCCAAAUACAGAAGGAGUUUCUGAGUACAGCCUCUUGCACGAAGGUUACACGCCAAUGUCACAGGGAUACUAUCAAGUUGCAGGAGCCAGCACGUCACAGGAGAACGGGAUUCUCGGAGCCGCGCCUAAUAUGAAGAUUGUCCCGCCUGCCACUGGGGUGGUUCUCUCCCCCACCAUGCAAGUCUACCAACCCCAUAUAAUUGGCCAGCCUGCUCUUCAAGCAAUGCAGCUGGCCCAACCGUUAGACCCCAAAUCUCAGACUGGAACUGUCUCAGGUGGGGAUGCUGCGCCUGUUACCUCGGCAACAGCUGCCACGGCAGCCACAACCUCAGGACAAACUGCAGACACUGCCACAGCCGUUCCAGAUACAUCCACGUAUCAGUAUGAUGAAUCAUCUGGCUAUUACUUUGACCCCCAAUCUGGCCUCUACUAUGACCCAAACACACACUAUUAUUACAACUCCCAGACUCAGCAGUUUCUUUACUGGGAUGCUGAGAAGCAGACAUACGUACCCGUCUCAGUCGAUGCAAACGCCGCUCUCACUUCCACUACUGCUAAUGCUAAAGAACCCCGUGAAGGAAAGGAGAAGAAGGAAAAGCCCAAGAGCAAAACUGCUCAGCAGAUUGCUAAAGAUAUGGAGCGUUGGGCUAAAAGUCUCAAUAAACAGAAGGAGAACUUUAGGAGCAGCUUUCAGCCAAUCAGUCAAGAGGAAAGGAAGGAGGCUGCUGCCGCCGACGCUGGCUUCACACUUUUUGAGAAAAAGCAAGCUGGGAUUCUAGACAGGCUCAUUCCAGAGAUGAUCAAUGUCCCUGAACAGGAAGCAGCCACCAGCUCCGCCAACACCUCCAAGUGUGGCCUUGUGGCAGCAUACAGCGGAGACAGUGACCCCGAGGAGGCAGCCGACGGAGAUGGGGCCCAGGACAAGUUGACCGAUUGGAAGAAGCUCGCCUGCUUGUUGUGUAGGAGGCAGUUUCCCAAUAAAGAAGGUUUGAUACGCCACCAGCAGCUGUCUGACCUCCACAAGAAAAAUCUGGAAGUUAUGCGGCGAUCCCAAAUGAGUGAAGCUGAGCUGGAGGAGUUGGAGCGAAGAGAAACUGAGUUGAAGUACAGAGACAGAGCAGCCGAGAGAAGAGAAAAGUACGGCAUCCCUGAACCACCUGCUCCCAAAAAGAAGAAAUACAGCCAGCCAACACCAGUCGUUAACUACGAGCAGCCCACCAAAGAUGGCCUCAACAGUGACAAUAUUGGCAACAAAAUGCUGCAAGCUAUGGGCUGGAAGGAGGGUAAAGGCCUGGGCCGAAACCAGCAGGGCAUCACUGCACCCAUUCAGGCCCAACUGAGAACCAAAGGAGCCGGUCUGGGUACUAAAGGCAGCAACUACACCCUGUCUGCAUCCGACACUUACAAAGAUGCAGUCCGCAAAGCCAUGUUUGCCCGCUUUACUGAGCUGGAGUGAACGAGAUCAAUGGACGGUUACCGGAGACUAAAUUGAUAGCAUCUCUGAAGUGGUACAGCACAGACUUCCGUGUGUGCUCAUCGUUCCUCGUUAUUUUUGGCCUCUAGCUGCAGUGGCUUAACCAUCCAAUAGAAAGAAUUCCAGAUAGAGGCAAAUGAAAAUAAGUAAAUAUAAUUUAUACAUUGUACAUUUGCACAGUCUCUUGUUUAAAUAUUUCUUUUUUUGUGCAGUCAUAAUCUGCAAUUUCCUCUGUUCAUCACGCUGUACAGUUUAUAUUAAGUCUUGUCUGCUUACGACAAAUAAAUGUUUAAAAAAAUGA